UGAAAUAUAUAACCUCCGAUGGAUCUCGACAGUCGACCGUUAUCGCGCGCAGGUGAAAAAAUAUCGCGACGGACUGGUCGUUGUCGUAACUCGCCGUCCGUUGAUCGCUGAUAUGUCCGCGUAGAGCGUUGUUAUUGUUGUUGGCGGAAGAGAAAUCCGUGUCGAACCGAUGUGGCCUUAUGCGCUGCGCCACUACAACAAUAAUAUAAUAUUACGGUUUGUUACCGGACCGCCGCAGCAGCUGAGCAGUGCGCGUAGGACAGUAGCGGCGCGUUCAUUAGGUGAUCGUCGACGUUCCGUAGGCGCGAGAUAUCAUUAAUCCAUGCGUUUUUAUUUUUAUUUUCAUUUGCUCAUAAUCGCCGCUGUUAUUGUUCGGGACGGGUGAAACGAAAAUAAAAUACCGACAUAAUAAUAGUCACUCGUCAGUAUCAUUGCGUUGUUGAUAUUGCACGUAUUGGGGUCCGUUGCCGUGUGGUUUUCGUCGUCGUCCCGUCGCGGUUAGGAAAUAUAAGUGUUCUCGCGAAAAAUAUAAAAAAAAAAAAGUGAAAGAAUCGCACGCCCGCGUCCGCCGCAAUUGAUGCGUUGUCCGGCGUCCAACGAUGACUGCCGUCGUCGUUGUUACGUGAAAGUGCACGGUAAAUCUCGGUAGUGUUCCCGCAUUAGCAGCUCGCGCGAGGCGCCAUGACGAACCCCACGCUGAUGCUGCCUCAGUACCACAAGUACUUGAAUGGCGCGCCCGUGCCGUUUAGCCGGCGCACACGCAGGAACAGCGAACUGUGCCUGGUCGUGCUGGUCUUCGUGUCGCUUACCAUCAUCUGUUUCGGCGCCGUGUUCUACUUGCCCGAGUUCAAGGCGACGUACAGUGGUACUUUCAACACGGUGUACAAGCAGAUACAAAAUGCCGGACCCGAGCUGCUGCUGCCAGCCCGCGGCAACGCUGGGCAUGACGGCGUGCUGGAGGACCCGCAUGCAGCUUACGACAAAAGGGCCCUGUCGGCUAAGAUCGACGAGGACUACUCGGACAAGCGAAAGGUGUUGGAGAGGCCUGAUACAGAUUUUUCCGCCAUCAAGCGUAACGACCAGAACAGCAAUUUAAAUUCUGUAUCAUCGAUAAUUUACAACGCCGCCGACACCAGUCAAAGGUACGACAAUGAUGAGCUGAGUCAGAAACGAAAUAAAGUGAAAGAAAUGAUGAAGCAUGGUUGGGAUAAUUAUGUAAAAUAUGCAUGGGGUAAAAAUGAAUUAAAACCUGUAUCAAAACAAGAUCAUUCUGGAAGUGUAUUUGGAUCAGCAAAUAUGGGUGCAACUAUUGUGGAUUCAUUAGAUACUUUAUUAAUUAUGGGUUUAAAAGAUGAAUAUAAACUAGGAAGAGAUUGGGUUGCUAAUAAUUUUACUUUAGAAAAUGUGAAAAUAGAUAUAUCAGUUUUUGAAACAAAUAUUCGUUUUAUUGGUGGUUUUCUAACUUGUUAUGCUAUGACAGGUGAUACUAUUUUCCGAGAUAAAGCUGAGUACAUUGCAAAAAAACUAUUGCCUGCAUUUCAAACUCCUACUGGCAUUCCAUACUCACUAGUUAAUCUAAAAUCUGGUAACAGCAAAAAUUAUCUAUGGGCAAGUGGUGGUAGUAGUAUAUUAUCAGAAUUUGGUACUCUACAUUUAGAAUUUGUUUAUUUAUCUGACAUCACUGGCAAUGAUAUUUAUAGACAAAAAGUUGAACACAUUAGACAAUUUGUGAGAAGUCUUGAUCGACCUAAUGGGUUGUAUCCAAAUUUCUUAAACCCAAUAACUGGAAAAUGGGGACAACGUCAUAUAUCACUUGGAGGCCUUGGUGAUAGUUUUUAUGAAUAUUUAUUGAAAGCAUAUAUACAGUCUAAUGGCAAAGAUUUAGUUGCCCGUGACAUGUUUGAUGAUGCUAUGGCUAGUGUAAUGGAUAACUUAGUUCAAACUUCUUCUAGUGGGCUAACAUAUUUAGCUGACAUGCGUUUUGAUAGACUUGAACAUAAAAUGGACCAUUUAUCGUGUUUUGCAGGUGGAAUGUUUGCUCUGGCUGGUGAAACCCUUGGCAGUGAUUCAUCUAAACACUAUAGUGAACUUGGAGCUAGUUUAACAGAAACAUGUCAUACAGCUUAUGAUAAGACAGCUACAAAAUUAGGACCAGAGGCUUUUAGAUUUAAUGAUAAUUAUGAUGCCGUUGCCAUACGUGGCACUGAAAAAUAUAAUAUUCUUCGGCCUGAAACGGUCGAGUCAUAUUUUGUUUUAUGGCGAUUAACUCAUGAUAAUAAAUACCGAGAAUGGGGCUGGGAAGCCGUUCAAGCUUUUGAAAAACACUGCAGAGUAUCAGGUGGAUAUAGUGGAAUAAGAGAUGUUUACCAAAUAAAUUCAAUUAAAGAUGAUGUUCAGCAAAGUUACUUUUUUGCUGAAACUCUAAAAUAUCUAUAUCUAUUAUUCAGUGAUGACAAUCUUAUCCCAUUGGAUAAAUGGGUUUUUAAUUCAGAAGCACACCCACUUCCAGUUAAAGGACGUAACUCUCAGUAUCGAAUGUAUCAAUCUGAGUAAGUUUUAUAAUUGUUGUGAAUUAUAUACUCAGAAGGCCAAGUAUCAUUUGUUAAUUCAUUUUUAAUUAUAAAUCAACUUAUACUUAACAUUUAAAAUUCUAAAUUUAAGUUUUUUAAAAUUGUUU